ACGCUCCACCCCGCUCCUUCCCCAGCCUUGGCCAUACUUGGCAGUGCCUUGGGAUCUAUCGUACUGUGUAGUUGGCAUAUCUUGUGACGCGGACCUUCUUUCUCUUCGAAGUUUAGCCUUUGGCUGCUCCCAAAUCUGAAUGGUGCUAAGAAACAGAUUGCGGGGCGAAAGGACGGCAUUGUUUCUCUCUCCAGCAAUCUCCAGCUGAACUCCACAGACUCUUAGUGCUUCGAACCCCGCGCUGGAAACUCGUGGCGCCGAGAAAGAUCGAGUCGUUCUAGACUAUGUAGUGGCAGUCCUUGCAUCGCAACGGCAACUGUAUAAAUUAGGAGGUCGCGUCAAGGGCAUGGAUACUUUGAGGCACAGUUUCAAGGCACCAGCGACAGACUUGGCGAGCAAAGAAAACGUGAAUCAUGGACCCCAAGAUCGAGACGCAACAUAAUGAAGAGAUUAAAGAGAGCGGCGUUGUCACCCCCGAAAGCUCACAAGAGGCGGUCGAUUUCGAUCAGCAUGCGGAGAAGAAGCUGAUACGAAAGGUCGACCGUCGGCUGCUUCCCAUCCUGGGCGCGCUCUACAGCAUUGCGCUCAUAGAUCGUGUAAAUAUCUCAGCCGCAAGAAUCUCUGGAAUGGACCAAGCUCUUGGGCUUUCUAUCGGCGAUCGGUACACCAUUGCUCUGGUGCUGUUCUUCCCUGGUUACAUGAUCUUCGAACUGCCUUCCAACAUCGUCUUGCGUAAGGUUGGUGCGGCCAACUGGCUCGCAUUUAUCGCGCUCGCCUGGGGUACUGUCAUGCUUGGACAAGGCUUUGUAAAGGACUACAGAGCAUUGGCAGCCUGCCGCUUCUUGCUUGGUGUGUUCGAGGCUGGGUUUUUCCCAGGAUGCGUCUACCUAAUCAGCGUGUGGUACGUUCGAUUCGAGGUCCAACAACGACUGGCAUGGUUUUAUCUUGUCUCAGUUUUUGUUGGCGGUUGGUCAUCGAUCCUUGCAUACGGUCUAAUACAGAUGGAAGGGCUCGGUGGUCUGGGGGGCUGGCAAUGGAUAUUCGUCAUUGAGGGCCUUUUGACCCAGGUUGUUGCCAUAGGAGCCUGGUUCAUCAUCGUCGAUUUCCCCGACAAGGCGACGAGAAGAGGCAAGAUUGGCCAGAAGCCGCUGCUUACUGAGGAGGAGUCUCGCUUCAUCACUCGGAGAAUCGAGAAGGAUCGCGGCGAUUCGAUUCCAGAUCCUCUAACGUGGGCAAAGUUCUUCCACCACCUGGGCGACUGGAAGCUCUGGGCGUUCGGUCUCAUGUUCAUGAGCACGGCUAUGCCUGCGUAUGCUCUCGCUUAUUUUAGCCCGGUGAUUGUUCGCGGCAUGGGCUACUCCGUGGGCGUUACGCACCUUUUGUCUGCUCCGCCGGUAAUCUUUGCUGUUAUAUCCGCGCUCUUCAUAUCCUGGCUCUCGGACAAGUACAAAGUUCGCGCACCAGGCAUCGCAUUCCAGUGCUGCCUUGCCAUAGGCGGGCUUAUGAUGACAGCAUACUGCGAAAAGAACAUACCUCGCUACAUAGGCCUAUUCUUUGGCUACGCCGGUUGCCAAGGCAAUAUCCCCUCCAUCCUGGCGUAUCAAUCAAACAACAUCCGUAUGCAGUCAAAGCGAGCGGUUGGCAGUGCAUUGCAGAUCGGUCUGGGUGGAUUAGGCGGUAUUCUUGGUUCUACGGUGUUCAGACAAAAGGACGCACCGCGCUACGUGCCAGGGCUCUGGAUCACGGCUGGACUUCAGUUCUUCAUUCUUGGUAUACUCUCGUGCACCACCCUCUACUUCUCAAUCAUGAACCGGAGGGUUGACGCCGGAACGAUAAAGAAGGCUAUUGAAGGUCAGCCCGGCUUCAAGUACACUCUGUGAGAGACGUGCAGCACAAGCAGGCUUUGAGCGAACGUGACUUGGCAGAUGUAGCAAAUAUGGUUAGGAGCACUUUCGUAAUGCA